GAAGAGGGGGGAGAAAAUAACGACAAAGACCAGGAAGAGAUCGAAAAUGCAAGCGAGGAAGCAGUCGACAAAAGCAAAGGCGAGAAACGGCUUGACGAAAAUGAAGAGUGGAAAGAGGAUAAAGAAAGUGACGACAAAGAGCAGGAUGAAGAAAAAAAUAGCGAGGAGGUCGACGAAGAUAAAGCCAAGGAACAGGUUGACGAAGGUGAAAGCAACAACGUCGUUGAUGAAGCUGAAGGCAAAGAAAAGGCCGACAAAGAUAAAGGGCCGAAAGAGGAUGGAGAAAAUGAAGAUGCAGAGCAGGAUGGCGAAGAAGAAAACAGCGAACAGGUCAAAGAAGGUGAAGGCGAGGAACAGGUUGACGAAGAUGACGUCUACGAAGAAGCCGAGAAUGCAAACGAUAAUGAAGACAAUGAAGAGGAUAAUCCAAAUGAAGAAGAUCAGGAGC